AUGGGCAUAAUGCGGAGCCCCAGCAUCUAAUUUCAUCCGUGAAGACUCCUCAUACACGCCUGCUUCUGCUGCUGCUGCUGGAAUAAACGUUAAGAGUUAAUGUUGACGAUGGGCCUGUUUUCUAAAAACAACCUGUUGGAAGUGUUUCUCCAUGAUCCUGCCUCCUGGUAAAUGUUUAUGGGAGAUAUUAUUUCGCCGCUCGGUUGCCAUGGCAGAAAGGGAAGGUGUCUGAGCGGUGUCAACUUUAUUCACAUGGCGCUUUUCUCGCUCUGAACGCAGUCUGCAUCUAAAUGUGCUGGAGAUAAACAGCUUCACAUCGCAUUGAGGAACUCCGGGAGAGUUUGACGACGUGGGACAUCGAGUGCAUAACUGUUUUCGCCUGGAUAAGGUCAAAACAACGAGGCCAACGAAGAGGCCGUGUCUUUGGGCAAAGAACCACUAAUUUCUAACAUUCUCCUUUGCUUUUGUUUGACUGACAGCCGCCAUCAUUCCGUGCUGCAAGGGAGACCCCAAAAUGUCUUCCAACGGCGAUCUGCAAGACGUUGGGAGCUGGGACAGCUUCUGGGAGCCUGGGAACUACAAGAGGACGGUUAAGCGCAUUGACGAUGGCUACAAGCUAUGCAACGAGCUGGUCAGCUGCUUCCAGGAGCGGGCCAAGAUUGAGAAGGGCUAUUCCCAGCAGCUGAGUGAUUGGGCCAGGAAAUGGAGGGGUGUUGUGGAGAAAGGCUCACAGUAUGGGACUCUGGAAAAGGCCUGGCAUGCUUUCAUGAAUGCGGCAGACAGACUGAGUGAGAUCCAUAUGGAACUAAAAGAGAAACUGGUUGUUGAGGACAGUGAAAAGAUUAGAAACUGGCAGAAGGAUGCCUUUCACAAGCAAAUGAUUGGUGGAUUCCGUGAGACCAAAGACGCAGAUGAAGGCUUCCGCAAGGCCCAGAAACCCUGGGUCCGAAAACUGAAGGAUGUGGAGUCUACCAAAAAAAGUUAUCACCAAGCCCGGAAGGAAGAGCGUACGGCAUUGACCCGUGAAAAUCAUGCCAAGGCCGACCCCACCAAAUCCCAAGAGGAGGUCCGCAAGUUCACAGAUCGCCUGGAGAAAUGCACCCAGGAGGCAGAGAAGGCUAAGGAGCGUUAUGAGAGAGCCCUGGACGAGCUGAAUCGCUGUAACCCACGUUACAUGGAGGACAUGGAGCAAGUGUUUGAAAUCACCCAGGAGGCAGAAAAGAAGAGGUUGCGCUUUUUUAAAGAAGUUCUUCAGGACAUACACCAGCACAUGGACCUCUCCAGCAAUGAUGGAUUCCGAGCCCUGUUCCGAGACCUCGGCCAGACCAUCAACGUAGCCAAUGACACGGAGGACCUCAGGUGGUGGAGGAACACCCAUGGGCCCGGCAUGAGCAUGAACUGGCCGCAGUUUGAGGAGUGGUCACCAGAAGCGCACCGAUCCAUCAGUCGAAAGGAAAGAAACAGUCGUUCUGAUGACGUGGUCACUCUGACUAACAUUGUCUCGGCAGGAGACGAACCCCCGCGGACCCCACAGGAAACUACAAGGUGGCAUGAGGUGGAUGGCUAUUACGAGAACCUAAGUGGCUAUUCACCGGCGGGUAAAGACUACUCCUCGGACUGGUCUGAUGACGAGAGCCCCAAGAAAUACAUCGCAGCCAACGGGGUGGACGAGGAGGAGAAGGUAGUCGGGGUUCGCGUUAGAGCGCUGUAUGAUUACACAGGGCAGGAGGCUGAUGAGCUGAGCUUUAAAGCAGGUGAAGAGUUAAUGAAGCUGGGUGAGGAGGACGAGCAGGGCUGGUGUAAAGGACAGCUGACCAGCGGAGAGAUGGGCCUCUACCCUGCUAACUACGUCCAAGUCAUCGCAUCCUGAGAACCCGCUCUGCCCCGGGCGAGACCCCCACCCUGUUUGUGGCAGCCGUAAGGUCGCAUCACAUCGAACCACGGAAAUUGCCACGCAACCAGACGAUGGAUAGAAUGCCACGAUACGCGAGAAGAUUAGUGAGGAGCGCACAGUGUUUUAUUUUGGAUUUUUGCUGACAUGCUAGAGGACUUUAAGAAUAGUUAGUCCCCCUUUGUUCUCGGGCUUAAUGAAAGAUCAGUGCCUUUAUUGUAAAAUGCCAGAGACAUUCACAGCACUGCUAUUAAUGCAGCACACGGAUGAAUGGACACAUUUAAUGUCUGGACAAAAAUCUGCCACCAUUUUGUUCACGUGUGAAUCGCCACCGUCGGGGGUGUUUUGGAAGAUCAGUGACCGUCAUCAUCAUCGCAGUCCUCUUAUUAUUUUAGCAUUUCACAUUUCAGAUAUGUAUCAGAAUCAUUUCAAGUAUUUGAUCAAAUCUACGCCGACGUUCUUUAUGUUCAGGUUUUGCGAAUCUUUCAUGAGAAGCGUGUUAGUGUGUUGAUAUACUUUGUAUAAUAUGUUAGAUUGUUAUAGUGAACAUUUUUUUUUUCCUGUAGUUCAGAAGUGAAGGAUUCUUCAUUGCAUAUUUACGUUUUCACAAAGAUAUAUGGAUUUAUAAUAUACAAAGUAUCACUGGGCAGAUGCUCUUAGCUGCCCUUUUGGAGUCUUGAGAUUCUAAAAUCUAGUCAGUGGGAUCGUUUAACUUUUUUUAAUGCUUCUUUUUGUUUUUAUUUGGAGCGCAAGAAUGUUUCUGUUGUUAAAUGAUAUAAAGUGUGAGAGAGGGCAAAACCUCCAGGCUUCUUGUGGUCUUGUCCAGGUGCGUGUGAGCGGUCAUGAGAAAUAUUCCCAUUUCCACACGCUCUGCCUCCAAUGUGCCCCACUGUGAACAUGGUUUUACAUGAAUCUACUGUAACCGCCAAUACUAAUCAAUGUAAAAAAUACCAAAUAAACGUGAAAGAGAUUCUUA